AUGGACGCCCCAGAUGUCUUUCGGCAUGUUGAAGGCUUCGGGCUCUAUCAACGACCGCGGCCGCCCCAUGCUCAGCACCACCACCCGAAACCCGUUCCCCAGCUGCCGAGGGAGCCUUCCAGCGGCGAUGGUGAAGGCGAGGCAUCGCAUCGCAUUGCGCAUACACUAACGGCUUGUUGCCGUUGUCGCCAGAGGAAAACCCGCUGCGACCCUACCCUUCCCCGCUGUCUGCCGUGCGAACGGUCGGGCUCCGUAUGCGAGUACUUCGACACCACCAAGGGCAAGAAGAUCAGCCGUUACUAUGUCGUCAAGCUCCAAGAAAAGGUGCGUGCUCUCGAGGCAGAGCUUGGCCUCUACACCGAUGAGGAGGAAUUUCCCAAGAACAACGAAGACCUCCUAAGACCCGGUGGUCUCGUGCGCCUCAACGAGUCGGACGAAACUCCUCGGUACUUGGGCCCUUCAAGCGGUAUUGCCAUGACGCGCAUGGUCAUGGAAGAGGCCAAACGAUAUACAGAUUCGAACCGCAUCUCAGAGCUGGUACCGUCAGUCCGUAACAGAAGACCGAUCGCGCCGGAAACCCUCAACACUCUGGCCACAAGGUCCAUGUCUUUUAGCAUACCGCAGUCCGCCGCGGCAAGAAAGAAGAGUUUCCCAAUGAUUAGUGGUGUUCCUGCAGCAACAUUACCUAGUCGGGUGAUUGUUGAUCGUUUACUGGAGGUCUACCAACAACGAGCUCAAGUUCUUACCCCUGUGCUUCACGAAAGCAAAUUGGAGGCCGCAAUCCGCGACGUAUAUAAUGGAAGCCAAGAUGCCUACCAACAGUUUGUUGUCCGAAUGGUCAUGGCCAUCAGCAUGCAAAAGCUCGACACAACCUAUGCUGGACUUGCCGAUAGUUAUUAUUUGUCUGCUAUGCAGUACUUUGAGCGCGUUGUCCGGCCCAAGGACCUGAAAACACUCCAAUGCCUUAUCCUUUUGGGCCAGUAUUCUCUUCUUACGCCAACGCGUACUGCCGUCUUUUACAUUGUUGGUCUUGCCACUAGGAUAUGCCAACAAAUGGGUCUGGCCGACGAGAAAACCAUCAGCCUCGGUAUCGAAGAUCCCUUGACCCUGGAUUUGCGACGACGUCUCAGUUGGAUUGUCAUGACAAAUGAGUUCGGAUUAUCAUACAGCAUGGGCCGACCAAGCGGGUUUGCCAAAACGGAUGACUUUGCCGACGUGGCCUUCUUCUCUACUGUUGAUGACAGCCAUAUUACGGAGAACGGGAUCACUCCUGGUCCAGUAGACGACCGUAAGCUGGUCGCCAUUCAUUUCUGCAAGAUGCGAUUGCUGCAAAAUGAGAUUCGAAGAGUGCUGUACGAGAAGAAGCAAGCGACACCGCGAGACGACCGCGACCCGUGGUUCGCUUCGAUGGAGAGCAGAAUGCAGCAGUGGAUCAACUCGACACCCGAGACCCCGGCUUGGUGCAAACCAUGGUUUACCGGCAGGUACCACACAAUGGUGGUUGGGCUACACAGACCAUCUCCGCAGGUGCCCAAGCCAUCUGCAACUUCAGCUCUUAAGUGUUUUGACUCUGUUGCAUUUGUGAUCAAUAUCUCAAGUAAACAAGUCAUGGCGUCUGCAAUCGACGUUACUUGGGUCUUCUUGCUCACUCUCUACAUGUCUGUUAACACCAUACUGUGGACGGUGGCAAGUUACCCAGAAGUUCGAGCGGCUCACUCGCGCGACGAAGUCCAGGAGCUUAUAAAUGUCUGUCUCGACAUCAUUGAUUCGUGCGCGGAACGGUGGCCAGGGACGUCAGCAGCUUCGAAACUGUACGGAAAAUUCGCAGAAGCAUGUCUUCGAAGUUACGACGCUCGAGGAACGCCAAUCAUGUCGUCUUCAAGCGUGUUUGGCACUCCCUCGUCGCAGCCUGAUACCAAUUCCCCGUCAUCGGAGGUGACGAAUGCGACAACAAUUUCCAAGAACAGCGGCCCACCCCCAAUGUUCAAUCCCCCGCAGUUUGGUUAUGUUUUCAACCAGCAACCUGAGCAAGUCCAUUUCGACAGCUCCUUUCCGUCGCAACCUGCAUUCCGUUCCAACUCCAUAUUCUUGAACCCUGCUUCCACGGAGCCAUCGACGGGCAGACGUUUCAGUUAUUUCCCGCCCGACUUCACUCAGUCAACGGAGAACCUCAUAAUGGAAGAAACGACUCCUCCUGGCACGGAGGCGACUGCUUCGCCGCCAAUACUCUCACCGCCAGACCAUCUCCCGACACCACCAGACUCAGUGGGCAAUGGCUCCUCUGCUACGCCACUGUUUAAUACGCCACAUAUUCCUCCAGUAGCCAUGUCAACUCCUGUGAUGAAAGCUGCACCACCAGUCGCCAUGCCUAAUCACCUCAUGCAGCAGGCGCCGCCGCCACCGCAACACACCCCACAGGUUGCAUUCGCACUUCCAACACUAUCAUCGCACCAAACCCCAAUGGUCCAGCAACGUCCCCUACCGCCAGUGACGUCUGGAACCGAUUGGUUCAAUCCGCCUCCUCCAUUCAUCUCACCGUAUGCCUUUGGUAAUACCAAUGGCAACAUGUGGAAUGGAGCUGGAAACAAUGGUUUCAACAUGAUGGGAAUGAACGACAACUCAUGGGCAGGAUUGCCUCCGGAGAGACAAGGCAGCCUCAACCAGUCUCAGCAGACCGAGCUCAUGGACGUACUGGAAAACGAAGGUAUGACGGACAUUGACACAUAUCUGAAUGGUUUCAACUAUGGCGCAAAUGAUUUAUUGAAUGGAAUCGGCAUGAAUUGGAAUGGGACGUCUUGA